CUCAUUUACUCUCUCUCUCUGUGCUCCCUGAUCUUGUUUUUCCUCUCUCCCUCUCUCUCUCUUCUUUUAUUGUUUGCUUGAAUAGCUGAGUUUCACAGUACAGUACAUAACAGCCUCAACUUUGAACAAUAAUAAGGUCCCAGAAAUUCAAAACCUUUUUUUUUUCUUGAUGGGCUGUUGAAAACAGUACAGAAGUUCUUAAAGGUAGCCCACAAUCUGAAAAAUGUUGUUGAUUCAUAUCAAAGGAGAGUGAAAACCUUCUUGUGGGGUGGUUGAUUGGCUUAUUUGCUUGUUGCUCAGGGUGUUUCUUGAUUCUUAGAAGGAUUGCUUGGAGUUGUAAUUAGUACACUGGCUGGCUGUUUUUCGAGCUCUUGUAUGAGAAAAAGAUGGAUAUGGCUGGAAAGGAUAGUAAUAUUGAGCCACGGAAGGGGAAUGACGAACUUGUAAACUAUCAUGGACCGAAUAUGACUUCAGACUGGCAAGUUAAUGGAAAUCACCUAACGAAUUCGACCAUUGAAAUGAUUUCAAUGGGCAGCUCAAUUGGGGAGUCCUCUGCUCGUCCCUCUGCCCAUUUUUGCCCUCCAGCUUGGGACCAGCCUAGCAAUGGACGAAGUUUAGGCUACUCUGAUGUGAAUGUCCGAAACGAUGCUAGUACUUCAAGUAGCCAUGGCCCUGUUAGAGCUGACAUGGGUUGGACAUCAAAUUCAAUGUUGAGAGGGGGUAUGUUUCUACCAACUGUCCCUGGGCUGCUUCCUCAGAACUUACCUCACUUUCCAGCUGAUUCGGCUUUCAUUGAAAGAGCAGCAAGGUUUUCAUGCUUCAGUGGAGGGAAUUUUGGUGGAGUGAUGAAUCCUUUUGGUGCGCCUGGCCCGAUAAAUCCUUAUUCACGGGGCUUGGGACCGAUGCAAGGGCCGGAUGAGAUUUUUGGAGGAAAUGGAUUGAGACCGCUGCCUGGAAUGCAGAGCCAAGGACAUGAAACGGACGUGACUGAAGUUAGCAAAGAGGCUUCACUACCUGGGAGGAAGCCUGGAAAUGAAGGGAGCCCGUCCAAGAAUGAGAAGAAAAGUGAAAGUUUAUUGCACUCUCAUGAUGAAGCAAAACAUGGAGUUGGUGUGUCAGGUAAUGAGUCAGAUGAGGCGGAAUUUAGUGGCCGUGGUGGCCAAGAGGAGUUGAAUGGGCCAGCUGUGGAGUCUUCUGGUAAAGGGCUCGGCUCUAAGAGGAGGAAGAGAGUCGGACAGGAUACUGAACAUGAUGAAAAUAAUGAAGCCCCACGGCCAUCUAUUGAUAUGGCGAAAGGAAUGGCGGAAACUAAAGAAAAGGGUGAUCGAAACCCAACUUCAAUCAGUAAGCCUGGUGGCAAGCAUGGUAAGCAGAGUUCUCAAGGCUCAGAUCCACCCAAGGAAGAAUACAUACACGUUAGAGCACGAAGAGGUCAGGCUACAAACAGCCAUAGUCUUGCUGAAAGGGUGAGAAGGGAGAAGAUUAGUGAAAGGAUGAAAUUCCUUCAGGAUCUUGUGCCUGGUUGCAGCAAGGUCACUGGAAAAGCUGUUAUGCUUGAUGAAAUCAUCAAUUAUGUGCAAUCACUACAGCGGCAAGUUGAGUUCCUGUCAAUGAAGCUCGCAACAGUGAAUCCUCGGCUGGACUUCAAUAUCGAAGGAUUUCUAGCUAAAGAUAUCCUACAAUCUAGAGCUGGUAUGUCAUCUUCACUUGCUUUUCCACCCGAUAUGACUCUUUGCACCACUCCACUUCAUCCAUCGCAGCCUGGACUGAUCCAGGCAGGUCUUCUCAGCAACUCUUCUGAAACUCUACGAAGGCCUAUAAGUCUCCAAUCCCCCGCUAUCAGUGGAGGGUUCAAAGAACCUACAUCUCAAGGACCCAAUGUAUGGGAAGAUGAACUUCACAAUGUCGUUCACAUGGGAUUCAACUCAUCUGCUCCUCUAAAUACCCAAGAUUUAAGUGGUAUAUCAGAUACCGUCGCAUCCAACUUUAUUUGCUCUCAGAAGUUCUUAAGCUGAGUGCAGUUUCCUUACUGUUUUCCCAGGUUCUCUACCACCAGGCCAUAUGAAAGCUGAACCCUGAUUUCCUCUGUUUUCCUAUCAUCGUUCGUAGCUCCUUCCAUGCCAUCGUUGAAAGUCCAUAUUGUGGGAUAACAAAUCAAGUUAUGUACAUUCCUUGUGUCAGCCCGGACAAAGAUUCGAGUUUACCUAUUCCUUAUCCAAGAGCUUAACCCCUGCCUGGCAUUCCAACUCUUGCACAUAUUACAGUGAAGUCUGGGGGCCAAAUACGUAGCACUGGGAGCAACAACUGUUACCCUGCAAGUCCAUAGGAGUCCACCAUGCUGAUAACUUUGGUCCAGAAUCGAGCAGCAGCUGACAUAUUGAUUGAAGGAGAGGGGGAACGACAUCGGUCCAAAGUAUAAAUUUCAGUAGUAGAUGAGAGAAGAUGGAGGUUUAUGUUGCAUUCUUGAUUUAAUGUAGGGAGAUCACCUAUUAUUCUUAUUCAAUCUUAUGGCAAAUGCUUCUGAAGAACUUUGUGCAUGCAGAGAAAUGGGCAGAAGUUCUAUUAUAGAUAUUCUUGUGGUUUAUAGCCUUUGAUGCGGCUGUCAAUUUCUCCUAC